AUGACUCCGUGUCCACCGAAAAGCGCUGUCGAUCAAGAUCUACUGAGGCACUGCCGACGAAAUUCAAUGCACUCCGCGUUCUCCAAGCAAGAGGCCGACCCGCUGCUCGGGAGAUCGACCCGUGGCAUCCUUCGGGACUGGCUACUGCCGUGUUUGCUUCCGCCGGUUAUGAUUCUGGCGUCAGCCUCGUUGAUCCGUAGCAACCAGCACCUGAUGCAACCUGCCGUUUUCCCGCAUCCAUUUGUGCUUGUGACGAUGCAUUGCUUCUGUUGUUCCUUCUUCUCCGGCGCCCUUCUGCUUUGCAAGCCGUCGCUGUUUCCUGCACUGACGGAUCCAGACAAGAUGGUUGACAUCACUCCGCAGUACUACCUCAGGGAAAUACUUCCCAUCGCGGGCUGCUUUGCAGUGUCACUAGUAACCAGCAACAUGGCCUACAAGUACUGCACUGUUGCUUUUCUCCAGAUGAUGAAGGAGUCCAACAUAGUUACCAUCUACCUCAUGUCGGUGGCGGCCGGCAUCGAGAACUUCUCCUUAGUUCAGUCCAUGAUCUUGGUUGCCAUGGUGUGCGCGACCUGGACAUGCGUCCAGGGUGAGUUGCACUUCUCUGCGCUCGGCCUGCUGCUGCAAGCCAGCUCCUCCCUGGCGGAAGCAGCGAAGACUAUCUUUCAGUGUUUGGCUUUGGCGCAUGGCUCCGGAAAGAAGUUGGAUCCACUGUCAGCAGUGCUCGUGAUCAUGCCUUUGUGCGGUCUCCUGCUGGCAAUGGUGAUCUUGUUCCACUGCCAUGCUUACGAACUGUCUUUCGUCACCAUUCCGACGUACAGCCAGAUCUUCGAGCUUCGCUCUGACUUGGCCUUGAAUGUUGCGAACGCGUUUGUUCUCAACGUGCUCAUCGCUAUGUUCCUGAAGAUUCUAUCCCCGGUAGCCUACAUCCUCACCGGCAACGCAGCUCGGCUGAGACCUCGAGCUCGAGCCCUUCCUUCCCUCGGCCUGCACCACCGGGCCCCUGCGGCUGCAGGGCUGCAAGGCCCUGAGCAACCAGCAGAUCUGUGGCUUCAGCAUGCAGGUUGCUCUUGUGUUGCUUUGGAGCGCUUUGAAGCAGCUUACAAAGAAGAGCUGCUCGAGUUGAGGCUUGGCGAGCAGGCUGUGAACAGUCGUACGUGGGCUUGCCAUGUGUCCGGCAUCGCAUUGGCAGAACACUGUAGUCGAGCAGAGCGGAUGUUGUUCUGGACGUUGGCCACCUUCACAGCUCCCGUGCUCGGCGCCCUCCCUCGACAAGUGCAGGUUCUUGCGGAUGGAUCCGUGCACGCCUUCUCUCACCUUGGGCCCUCUGCGAGCCUGCUCCGCCGGCAAAGCGCUCUGAAAGGCUUGAGCCGCUCGACGCCUUCGCCUUCGAUCGCAGCAAACGUGAGCAGCGGUCUGGCCGGUGAGCUGGCGAAUGUCACGAACUCCAUUGAUCACCUGCAAGGCGACGUCUCCUCGGCAGAGGUGAUGCGCGUUCGUCUCGAUGGUCACGGCGACACCUUGGAGAUUGUGAGCACCAUCAUUUUUACUAUGACAGUAAGUGUGUGGCUGGUGGUCGCCUUCAAAAUCCUGAGCUGGCUUUACCCUGCACUCUAUUCUCAAAGAGAGCUUGAGCAGAGAGGCUGCAGUGAAGGUGUCGGACUUGCCGAAGCCAUCGCAGAUGUAACGUCAUUGUGGCACCAGCUUUCCGUUGCAAUGUUCUUGAAGGAGGAGGAUGUCCUGGAAGUCCAGGGUUUGGACGCGUGGAUGCACAUGCAGUUUCAAUGGCUGUCAUUGCGGAUCAUCGCAUCCCUGUGUUUGGUUCCAGUCAUCGUCUGCCCCUUGCAUUGGACCCACGUCCAACCUCAAAGCUCUGAGCUUUUCUCACGGUUUAAUCUGGCGGUCAACGAGGAUCGUUACUUCGUUUUGUGGAUCCACGUCGGAGUUGUUUGGGCCGUGGUGACGCUGACGACUCGACAGCUGCACUUGGCCAUGAAGCAGUUUGUUCCUGUCCGAUACCGCUGGCUCAGUCAGAUGGACUUCCCGCAAUCCACCACCGUCUUGGUGCAGGGCAUGCCGGAGUCCAUGUCGUCAGAUGCACGCCUACAGUCUUACUUUGCUGGCCUUUUUGGGGACAAUGCCGUCGUGCGUUGCUAUGUCGUGCGCAACACUCGGCUGCUGCAAAGGAAGCUGGAGAGGCUUCGCAAAGCUGAGCGGGAACUUGCAAAGGCAGUCCUGAGGACCCAGGCCGGAGGUUCGGACCCGGCAUCUUCGGAGUUGGUGCAGUUUCGGCGCGAGUCACUUGCAGACAUCAAGGAGGAGGUGACUGCCGAAAGAGUUCGGUUGGGGCGGCUGAGCCAUGCACUGGACCCCGAUGUCUGCACAAGCACCGGCUUCGUGACCUUCCGCACCCGAUUGGACAUGAGACUCGCAGCGCGGGAACAACUCGGAACGGAUGCGUUUGCCCUUGUCUUGCAGCAGGCACCAUCACCUAUGGAUGUGUCCUACGAUGCGCUGAUCAUGCGUCCGAGUUUUACACUCCAGCGCUUGGGAGCCCUCAGCACAUUCGGGGUGUUCUUGGCCUUUGUCCCGGCCGUAGUCUUCGUCUCCACUUUGUUGAACUUGAAUUCCUGGCAGCAGGUUUUUCCGGCCAUCGGCAGGCUGAGGCACUCGGUUCCCAUCGCCAUGGAGAUGCUGGAAGGUGUCUUGGCAACGCUGAGUCUCAAGCUCAUGCUUAGCUUCAUCCCAGCGGUGCUACUGAGACUGGUCAGGGCCUUCUCCAAACCAGUGUCCAACUCAUCCGCCCAGCUCCAGCUCCAGCGCACCUACUUUGCCUUCCUGGUUGUCUUCGUUCUGCUGGUGACCUCUUUUGCGCAGGGCCUCAUCACCACACUGCUCUUCGUGGCCCAGCAGCCGACAGCCAUUGUUCCGCUGCUGGCCAAGUCAUUGCCUCUUACAUCCCGCUUCUAUGUGAAUUACUUGGUGCUUGGGUGGGGCUCGUGCAUGUGUGAGCUCCUGCGACCUGCCCCGCUUGUCCUCUUCCUGAGCCUUCGCGAGUUUACUAGCCAGGACGACGCCAGGAUCCGGGCGGAGGAGGAUUCAGUGCUUAUGGGGACUCGAGCAGCAAGAUCGACUUUCAUGCUGGUCAUUGCGUUGGUCUUUUGCUCCAUUUGCCCUCUUGUCCUCCUCGUUGCCUUUGUCUACUUCCUGGUAGAGCGUUUCGCCCACGGCUACCUCUUCAUGGCUGCUGAGCCUCGUCAAGGCGAUACAGGAGGCGAAAUCUUUGUGCAGGCGCUCAAGCAGGUUCACGUGGGACUGAUGAUAUACGUGCUGCUCAUGGUGGGAGUGUUGGGCGCACGUGGAGCUGAAUUUAGCCUGCCUCUGGUGGUCCUGCUGCUUGUGGUGAUGUGGUCCCUCCAUGGCAUGGAGGGCUACUUGUGGGCGAACUUGCCGUUGGACCGAGUGUUUGACCUGGAUGAUGCCGAUCCGGCGUUUGAGGAGGGCCUUGAACACGAGGUUUAUGAGCAAGCGGAGUGCCGGGCCGCAGAGCCAUCGCCAGCACCGCCGCAGAUCGUCGUGUCCAGGGCGUCGCUCAACAUGCCUACGACGCCCGUGGCACCGCCUGCCGCCCCCUCCGUGGCACCGCCUGCGAGAUCGCAACCCAGCCGUCCCAGCCCCGGCUCUCCGACUCUGCGGCGCCAGCGUGCAGGUGCAGGGAAACCGCCCGAAGAGACUGGUACAGAAAGAAGCAACCAGGAUCAAGAAGAACACGAGUUCUGA